GUGGUCUGCGCGCGCUCGGCCGUGCGUGCGCCUGCGGGGAGGCUGCGUGUGUGCGCAGGGCGGGAGCGCCGGCCGCCUUCUCGCUUCCGAGCUGGGUGCGCGCUGUGCGCAGGAGGUGAGUGAGAAGGGCGGCCCUCCAAAGGCUCUGAGGUGGCUGAGACCUGCGGCUGGGUGGCGGGCGUAACCACCGGGCCCGCUUUUCCCAAAACGCGCCAUCCUCGGGAACGCCGAGACCUAGACGGCGAGGCCGGGAGGCACCGCCCACUCCCCCCGCCCACUCCCCCGGUCCUCUCCGGAGCACGGCCCAGAUUCAGGCGCCGCGCCCUGGGGCGCGGGCCUCGGUGACGAGCAGCUCCCAGGUUCCAGUGAGCGCGGGGGAAGGGGCCCAGCGGGGAAGGGGCCCAGCGGGGCAGUGGGCGACGCGGAGGAGCGCGGGGGCGCGCGGAGGGCCCAGGCCUCGGCUGCUGCCGCACGUUGUCCACCUUGCCUUUCCCCAGGACGCAAUUCCUGCCUUGGGUUGCCCGCGCCCGUCCAGCCACGGUCAAAUCCGGUAGCUACCCGGGGCGUUUGCAGCGGUGCCGAGGAAGAGGACGGGAACGGUGUUACGAGUGCCUGCGUUUGGGAGGUGGCUGCUUUGUCGGAAAAACUACCAUCAAGGAAGGAAUUGCCAAAUCAUGUGUUUUUUUCUGUUUUCAGAGUAGUUCACAGCAGAUCUGAGUGUUUUAAUUAAAACAUGGAAUACAGAAAACAACAGAAAACUUAAAGCAUUAAUUUCAUCUGGAAUUUCACAGCAGUAUUUCUCACAGCUGCAUCCUCCUGAAUGUUCCAUUGGUGAAACUGAAGGUCUUCUUACUCAGAAGAAGAAAAUCAAGAAGAAGAACCUUUGGCUUGCUGCUUCUGAGCUGCUGUGAAUGGCCCCAGCUCUCUUGACUGUCCUUCCGAGUAGGAUGUCACUGAGAUCCCUCAAAUGGAGCCUCCUGCUGCUGUCACUCCUGAGUUUCCUCGUGGUGUGGUACCUCAGCCUUCCCCACUAUAAUGUGAUAGAACGCGUGAACUGGAUGUACUUCUAUGAGUACGAGCCGAUAUACAGACAAGACUUUCGCUUCACACUUCGAGAGCAUUCAAACUGCUCUCAUCAAAAUCCAUUUCUGGUCAUUCUGGUGACCUCCCACCCCUCAGAUGUGAAAGCCAGGCAGGCCAUUAGAGUUACUUGGGGUGAAAAAAAGUCCUGGUGGGGAUAUGAAGUUCUUACAUUUUUCUUAUUAGGCCAAGAGGCUGAAAAGGAAGACAAAACGUUGGCAUUGUCUUUAGAGGAUGAACACCUUCUUUAUGGCGACAUAAUCCGACAAGAUUUUUUAGACACAUAUAAUAACCUGACCUUGAAAACCAUUAUGGCAUUCAGGUGGGUAACUGAGUUUUGCCCCAAUGCCAAGUAUGUCAUGAAGACAGACACGGAUGUUUUCAUCAAUACUGGCAAUUUAGUGAAGUAUCUUUUAAACUUAAACCACUCAGAGAAGUUUUUCACAGGUUAUCCUCUAAUUGAUAAUUAUUCCUAUAGAGGAUUUUACCAAAAAACCCAUAUUUCAUACCAGGAGUAUCCUUUUAAGGUGUUCCCUCCAUACUGCAGUGGGUUGGGUUAUAUAAUGUCCAGAGAUUUGGUGCCAAGGAUCUAUGAAAUGAUGGGUCACGUAAAACCCAUCAAGUUUGAAGAUGUUUAUGUCGGGAUCUGUUUGAAUUUAUUAGAAGUAAACAUUCAUAUUCCAGAAGACACAAAUCUUUUCUUUCUAUAUAGAAUCCAUUUGGAUGUCUGUCAACUCAGACGUGUGAUUGCAGCCCACGGCUUUUCUUCCAAGGAGAUCAUCACUUUUUGGCAGGUCAUGCUAAGGAACACCACAUGCCAUUAUUAACUUCACGUUCUACAAAAAGCCUAGAAUGACAGGGUACUUUGUGGAAAGUGUUAAAGUCGAUACUGUGGAAAAUUCAUGGAGAGAUCGGUGUGCUGGCUUACACUGAACUGAAACUCAUGAAGAACCCAUAGACUAGAGAUGAGGGUUACACUUGUGAUUUAUUAGUCAGGCCCUUUAAAGAUGAUAUUUGGAGGAAUUAAAUAUCUUAAAGGAAUUGGAGGUUUUUUCCUAAAGAAAUUAAUAGGACCAAACAAUUUGAACAUGUCAUUCGAUAGACUAGAAUUUCUUAAAAGGGUGUCACUGAAUUAUAAGGUCACUAGGCUAUAAAAACAAAACAAUGUGGAGUUUUAUUUAUUGAACAAUCUAGACACUUGAAAGUUUUGUGUGUAUCUUAUGUGGAUUACCAGUUUAACAAUAUACGUAUUUCUGUGUCAAAAAACUUCUUCACUGAAGUUGUACUGAACAAAAUCUUACCUAUUUUUGGUCAUUUAGAAGGUACUUCAAGAUGUUGCAGUAUUUCAGAGUUAUUUAAUAUUCAAACUUUGUGUUUUAAAUGUUUUGACGAUUUCAGGACAAUAUAAAUAGGAUAGUGAAUCAUUCUUUACAUUUGAACAUGUUCCAGUUACUUAAAUGAUCAGUUUAUUAUUGAUAGCUCCAUUAAUGUAAAGUUGUAGGUCAUUAUUGCAUAUCAGUAAUCUCUUGGCCUUUGUUAAAUAUUUUACUGUGGUAAUAUAGAGAAGAAUUAAAGCAAGAAAAUCUGAAUUAUUGUCUUGUUUUUAAAAAUAUAGUCCCUAGUAUUUUUAGAAGUCACUUAAUCUUUCUCAUUUUUCCACCUGGAAAUGUAUAAUGCAGGUAGUAAUUUUCUAUUGGAAAGAACUCUGAAGGCAGAAAAGAAGGGAGAGAACCUCAUGGGCGGAAUAUUAUAAAAAGAGUGUCAUAUUCCAGCAUUUGAGUUGGAAAGAGAAGAUUGAAGAUCUAAGUUACAUUAUUAAUCUGCCCUGUGUUUUUUCUCUUUAACAGUCAGUUUGUGAAUAAAUAAGAAGCUGCCGCUGUUAUUAAUUUCUCAUCAAAAGCCCUAAUGUGUAAAGUCAUAUCUGAUUUAAUCUCAUGCUUUUAUAGAAGGGCAUUUCUUCAUAGAAGUGGUGAUAUAUAUAUUUUUUGUUGGACUUGCUAAUAGUAGGUCCAAGAGGAGCAGUCCUUGCCCCCUAUUCCUGGGAUUACGCAGUUUUCUUUGAGUUUAUGUAGGGCAGGUGGUUCUUUUUUCUCUGAAUUACAGGAUGGAAAAAGAUCAUAUCCUUUGUCAGGAAAUAUAAACUUGAAAGUAUGUAGUCAGCUCUUGUAAUACUCAGAUAUUUAUAAUUGUCUUUCAUGAAAAAGAACUUCAGUUAAAACUAUAAUGUGUGGUUCUCUAUAACAAGGCUAUUUCUGUUUCCCAGGGCUCUGACCUAAUCCAGUUAUAAAAUCAAUUAAAUGAAAUAUUCUGUGGAAUCAAUCUAUGCCCUUGUUAAUCUCCAUCCAUAUAGGAAUCACUUUCUUUAAGACAGAUGGUGGUAGUUAUUUUUGUGACAUGAUUAGAUUUGACUGGUUUUGCAGAAGAUUACAGUCAUGUACUGCAUAAUGACAUAUACAAUAGUGGUCCCAUAAAAUUAUAAUGGAGCAGAAAAUCUGUUGCCUCAUGGUGUUAUAGCCGUCGUAAUGUCAUAGCCCAGUGCAUUACUCAUGUCUGUGGUGAUGCUGGCAUAAACAAGCCUACUGCAUUGCCAGUUGUGUAAAAAUACAGCACAUUUGGUUAUGUACAGUAUGUAAUACUUGAUAAUAAAUGACACUGGUUUGUGUAUUUACUUUUUA